GGAACCAACCCGCACUAAGCAAAUCAACAUGAAGAUUUUUGUGUGUUUGUUAGCGUUGGCAGUUGCCACGUGCAAGGCCGGAUUUGAAGGCGGGUAUGAGCAAGGGGGAAAUGGCAUAGGUGACAGCGGAGGUGGCUAUCAUUUCUCUGCUCCAUCAGGCGGAGGUGGUGGCCAUGACUUCGGAGGCGCACAGCUCCAGGAAUUUUCUGGAGGUCAGGGGGGACAUUACGGUGGGCAAGGUGACUUCUCGGGUAACCAAGGACACGGCCAAGACUUCGGUGGAGGUCAUGGAAACGAGCAAACCAUUGCUCUUAUUCAAAACCAAGAUUUUGGGCAUGGUCAACAGAACUUUGAUCUCGGUGGAGGUCAUGGCGGUGGUCAAAACUUCGAUGGCGAUUCUUACCUUCAGGCAGCUCAUGAUUUAGGACAAAGCUAUGGGGGUGGUGAUGGUGGUCAUGGAGGUAACCAAGGAGGUGGCCAUGAGGAAUUGAGUGGACAUGGUUUUGAAGGUGGAUAUGGAGGUCAAGGUGGAUUCGGAGGGGACGGUGGACACGGAGGCCAAGGAGGAUUUGGAGAUGAAGGUGGACAUGGAGGCCAAGGUGGAUUUGAAGGUCAAGGUGGAUAUGGCGGUCAUGGUGAUCAGGGUCACGGCCAACAGGGUUUCAUCCUCCAAGAUGGAGGCGAUGAGUUCGGUGAUCAUCAAAACUUUGGACACGGUCAAGCUUACCCUGUAGGCACACAUGUCGAUGAAGAACACCCCGUCGAAGUACCUCUAUACAAACACGUUACUUACCCAAUUCACAAGACAAUUCAUGUCAAUGUACCUAAGCCUAUCCUUGUCGGUAUUCCUCAACCCUACCCAGUCAAGGUCCCCGUCCACAAGCCUGUAGCUGUACCUGUUGAGACUGAAAUCAGUAUUCCCAUUGAAAAGGUUGUCCCAUACCCCGUCGUUAAACACGUUCCCUACCCAGUAGAGAAACACAUACCGAUCAAGGUUGAAAGGACCGUCACAGUCCACGUACCUCAUCCUUACCCAGUCAAAAUCCCAGUGUACAAAACCAUCCAUCAUAAGAGUCAUUACCACCAUUAAAUAGGUACCUAUAGUGCUCGUUUGCCUGAUGUGUGUAUGUGUGUGUGUUCCGUGCC